GAAAAACAAUAUAUUCUAACACGGAUCUUCACAGGUGUUCACAAUUAUUUCAUUUUCCGUUUGAGACUUUUGCGGAAGAAAUAUAAUACUCGAAACGACUUUUUGAGUGCCUAAUUUUUAUAGAAAUAUCUUAUCAUGUGUAGAUAACUAAUAUAUGUUACGUGAAACUGCUAUGGGACGACGGAAACUAAGUGAAGAAGGUUAUUCAUGUUUUCCCCGAAUAUUUGCCUUUCUAUUUUUUUCCGAAUGCCUAGAUGCCCUUAGUGUCCACAUGAGUUAACUUUUAGUGCGAACUAGAUAUAUAUUAUAGUUCUUUUGGUGUGAAAAUAUACACAUCUUGAUCUAUCAGAUCGCAAUCGAUUUGUUAUCUUGUGUCAACAUAGGCCUGAAACAACUGUUUUGUACUUGUAACGUGACCUUGGUGUUCACAAACAGUUUACAGAAAGUAUAUUUAGUUUUAACGAUAUUUAUUCGUUUUACGUUUAUGAUACGCACCCUUGACAGCUGGGUAGGAAAGCGCCACUUCGCGUGCCAGCUGUGACUGAGAUGCGCAGUACAACACGACGAUCACAUUGACCAGUUGGGGAAGUAAUAAAUUGGAACUAUGCCGAAAAAGGAAAAGGUUCGACCUGGCUACUGGCAUGUAUCUGAGACUCCGGAGGGGAGAAUUCAAGACUGGUUGACCCAAUGGGACAAGGGUCACUGGGACUUCUACUACACAGAGCCCGGUCCGAAUCUGGUGAAAUACUUUGAAAAAGUCACUGAUGGGCGGAAAGGUCUGAAAAUCCUCGUUCCCCACUGUGCAACGACCUAUGACCUCAUCUGGUUCUGUGAGCGAGGACACACUGUGGUUGGUGUCGAUCUGGCCGAGAGCGCCGCACAGCGGAUCUUCAAGCAGUACAAGCAGAAACCUAUCAUUGAAGACGUCCCCAGUAUCAACGGAAAACUGUACAAGAAUGAGACUGGUACCUUCAAAUUUUACGCUGGCAAUUUCUUCCUUUUCAACGAGGAUUUGGAAGGAACGUUCGACUUUAUCUGGGACUCUAAGGCUAUGUGUGCUGUUGAUAUCAGAGACAGACCCAGUUACUUGAAGGUUAUCCGACGAGUGAUGGGACCAAAGUGUACAAUGAUGCUGGAGUUUCCGACGAACAUUUUCCCAGGAGCACCCUACUAUUUCAGUGAGGAACAGUUAAAAGAGCUUUACGGCGACUACUGCGACGUGAAGUAUCAGGACCAAUACGACUUCAACCCCUACAAAACCUACCACGGGGACGUGGACGAAGACGGGAAACCGCUGAAGCAGGAAGAGGCUGUGGGAGAGGAGGAAAAGCUUGUGAUCCACUUACAGAAUUAUUGUCUGAGGAAGAGGGACUGACGUUGGUAUUUCUCUGCGAGUUCCAAACCGCUCUCAUAGGACUGACAACGAUCCAGAAUAUAGUCAGUUGUAUAGAACAAUAAUUCCAUUUAAAUUAAACAGAUCCCCAGUGAGAGUUGGGAGAUUCAGAGCCUGA